AGGGGCAGACGACGGAGAAUGCUCGCGACAGAGCUGACCGAGUCCUUCCGACGCAACUUUCUUUGGGAGCGUCAGCAGAAGUCUUUUACCGUCAACGCAUUCCUCAAGCGCUGUCAUACCUUCCAUGUGGUCGCGGACCUAAAGCAGUACCCCGAGAGGGUCCGCAUCAACACGAACGAGGAUAACCCCAUAGUUCCCCAA